AUGUCUAAGACCGAGCAAAAGGCUUGCCUCAUCGUCAUUGACGGAUGGGGUAUCCCUUCAGAGAAAUCCCCAAAGGAUGGCGAUGCUAUCACCAAUGCCAAUACACCUGUCAUGGACAAGCUGUCGAGUAAUUCUCAUGGUUUCACCGAAUUGGAGGCUUCAUCUUUGGCCGUCGGUUUGCCAGAAGGCCUCAUGGGCAACUCCGAAGUCGGCCAUUUGAACAUUGGUGCUGGUCGUGUCGUCUGGCAGGACGUUGUUCGCAUCGACCAGACCAUCAGGAACGAGGAGCUCAGUGAGAAUGAAGUGAUCAAGAAGACGUUUCAGAGUGCCGCUUCUGGAAAUGGCCGCCUGCACUUGUGCGGACUCGUUUCCCGCGGUGGUGUCCACUCCAAACAAGAACAUCUUUACGCUCUUUUGAGAGCUGCCAAGGAGUACAAGGUUCCCAAGGUUUUCAUCCACUUCUUUGGUGACGGUCGCGACACUGACCCCAAGUCCGGUGCUGGUUACAUGCAAGAGCUGGUUGAGUACAUCAAGGAGGUGGGUAUCGGGCAGAUUGCGACCGUCGUUGGCCGUUACUUUGCUAUGGAUCGGGAUAAGCGAUGGGAACGUGUCGAGAUUGCCUUGAAGGGCAUGUGCCACGGUGAAGGUGAAGCCAGCGAGGAUCCUGUUGCCACCGUCAAGGCUCGAUACGAACGCAAUGGUGACCAGGAUCGUGACGAGUUCCUUACCCCCAUCAUUGUUGGUGGUGGCGAAUCUAGAAUCAAGGACGACGACACUGUCUUCUUCUUCAACUACCGAUCCGACCGUGUGCGACAAAUCACCCAGCUGCUCGGCGACGUCGACCGAUCUGUCCUCCCCGACUUCUCCUACCCCAAGAUCAGCAGACUAGUCACCAUGACGACCUACAAGACAGAUUACCCCUUUGAGGUUGCCUUCAAGCCUCAACACAUGGGUAAUGUCCUAGCCGAAUGGCUUGGCAAGCAGAAUGUCGAACAGGUUCACAUUGCAGAAACGGAGAAGUACGCUCACGUCACGUUCUUCUUCAACGGCGGAGUCGAGAAAGUAUUCCCUCUGGAGACCCGCGACCAGGACCAGGAUCUUGUUCCCUCAAACAAGUCGGUGGCUACUUACGACAAAGCCCCAGAGAUGUCUGCAGAUGGUGUAGCGAACCAAGUUUGUAAGCGUUUGGCCGAGCAAAAGUUCCCCUUUGUCAUGAACAACUUUGCUCCCCCCGACAUGGUUGGACACACGGGCGUGUACGAGGCCGCAAUCGUUGGUUGCGAGGCUACAGACAAGGCCAUUGGGAAGAUUCUUGAGGCCUGCAAGAAGGAGGGUUACAUUCUUUUCAUCACUGCCGAUCACGGAAACGCUGAAGAGAUGAAGUUUCCCGACGGCAAGCCCAAGACAAGCCACACAACGAACAAGGUUCCCUUCAUCAUGGCCAAUGCUCCCGAGGGUUGGAGUCUCAAGAAGAACGACGGUGUGUUGGGAGACGUUGCACCCACCAUACUUGCCGCCAUGGGUCUGCCCAAACCCGACGAGAUGACGGGCAAGUCUCUCCUCGACAAGGACCUCAAGAGGGGAGUCGAGUAA